UAAUGUGUCAUUUUUGUAAGAUACACUAUUAAAACGACGGGAAGGAGGGAGUAACUGCACACGGAUGCAUUGAAUCCGCCACUUAAAACCUCAUCCCCCAACCCACCGGAAACUCAAAUGUCCGGCCAUCCGCCCAACGCCGUAGAUGGCACAAUCGAUAUGAGCGCCGCAAUCAGUGACGUGGAGGAGAUUCUGGGUUACAAGUUUAUCGACAAGAGUUUGUUAGAAAAGGCCUUGACUCACCCUUCCUAUGUUAACGCCGAAUCGUAUCAACGCCUAGAAUUCGUCGGCGAUGCUGUAUUGGGAUUAGCGAUCACUAACUUCGCGUUUCUUACAUACCCGGACCUUGAUGCCGGUGAUUUGUCGGUGGUGAAAGCUGCUAACAUUAGUACUGAGAAGCUUGCUCGUGUUGCGAUUCGACAUCAGCUUUAUAAGUAUGUUAGACAUAAUAGUGCUGCUCUGACUCACAAGGUUAAAGAAUUUCUUGAUGUCGUACAACAAGAAGAUGUGAUUGUGGUUCAUGGUGGUACAAUGAAGGCACCUAAAGUUCUUGCGGAUAUUGUGGAGUCGGUUAUAGCUGCCGUGUAUUUAGACCAAAAGUUUGAUUCGAAAGCAAUGUGGGUGGUUGUUAGAGGCCUACUUGAGCCACUUAUUACUCCCGACAUGCUACAGCAACAACCACAACCGAUAUCAAUGUUGUUUGAGAUGUGCCAAAAGGAUGGGCUCCAAGUUGAUAUUAAGCCAUGGAGAGAAAACAACAAAAACAUUGCAAGUGUAUACAUAGAUGGCAACUUUAUUGCUUCUGCUUCUUCCGAUCAAAAAGAAAAUGCAAAACUUCAGGCAGCUAAAGCCGCUCUGGAGAUUUUAGCACACUGCAAUGACAAAAUGGAUAUUUGUGCCAAUGUGAAUGAGAACUCUGAGGUUGAAGCUGCUGCGAAAAAAAAAUUGCAUGAGGUUUGUGCCAGGAAGAAGUGGUCAAAACCAUGUUACAGCAUUGUAAACGAGGUUGGACCAGCUCAUGCUAGGAAAUUUGUAUGCUCCGUUAGUUUUGAAACUGCCGAUGGUUUAGAGUAUGUGGAGGGAGUGGAGAAGCUGAGGGUCAAGGAAGCUGAGGGAUAUGCUGCUUCACUAAUGCUUCAAAAUUUACGGAAGAAGAAUUAUAUAUGAGUUUUGUGUCUGAGUAAACAUUUGUAGGUUGUAUUGUGCAAACCCUUGUGAUGUUAUGUAUAUUUGUGAGUCUUAGUAACAAAUAUGCUUGGAUGAUUAUGUAAUACACACAAAAUUCAAAUCUGUGAUGUCCUAGAGUGAUAGCGGUUGUGUGCUUUACCUUGUUAUGCAUUUAUCUGAUGUUGUGAUUAAAUUUAA